UGGGGCCUGGUGCAAAACGCGGAUGCGGCGUUGGGACUGGCGCAAUCACUUUUUUAGGGAAAGAGCCAUGGGUUGGAGGGAGGUGGUGACCUGCUCUGUCCUUUAUUCCUUUCCUUGCCUUGUGUGUCCGCUUGUAUCCCAGGCUCCCUGUGUAAUGCAGCACCCUCUGCUCUCUUGUCUUGCAGGAUCUGGGCCGUGCUCUACAAUGGAAAAACUGCUCCUGUGCCUGUUGCUCAUUGGCUCAGUGGUGAAGGCGCAGAUCUGUCCAAAGCGGUGUGUCUGCCAGAUCCUGUCCCCCAACCUUGCCACACUUUGUGCAAAGAAAGGGCUGCUCUUUGUCCCGCCCAACAUUGACCGGCGGACGGUCGAGCUGCGCCUGGCGGACAAUUUCGUCACCAGCAUCAAGCGGAAGGACUUUGCCAACAUGACCAGCCUGGUGGACCUGACGCUCUCCAGGAAUACCAUCAGCUUCAUCACACCCCAUGCCUUUGCUGACCUGCGCAACCUGCGGGCUCUGCACCUGAACAGCAACCGGCUGACCAAAAUCACCCAUGACAUGCUGAGCGGCCUCUCCAACUUGCAUCACCUCAUCCUGAACAACAACCAGCUGACCCUGAUCUCCUCCACGGCCUUCGACGAUGUCCUGGCCCUGGAGGAGCUGGACCUGUCCUACAACAACCUGGAGACCAUCCCCUGGGAUACCGUGGAGAAGAUGGUCAGCCUGCACACCCUCAGCCUGGACCACAACAUGAUUGACAGCAUCCCCAAGGGGACCUUCUCCCACCUCCACAAGAUGACCCGGCUGGACGUCACCUCCAACAAGCUCCAGAAACUCCCACCGGACCCGCUCUUCCAGCGGGCCCAGGUCCUGGCCACUUCGGGCAUCAUCAACCCCUCUACCUUCGCCCUGAGCUUCGGGGGGAACCCCCUGCAUUGCAACUGCGAGCUCCUCUGGCUGCGGCGGCUCUCCAGGGAGGACGACCUGGAGACCUGCGCCUCGCCGCCCCUCCUCUCCGGCCGCUACUUUUGGUCGGUCCCUGAGGAGGAGUUCUUGUGCGAGCCGCCGCUCAUCACCCGGCACACGCACGAGCUGCGGGUGCUGGAGGGUCAGCGGGCCACUCUGCGGUGCAAGGCCCGGGGGGACCCAGAGCCCACCAUCCACUGGAUUUCCCCCGAGAGCAAGCUGGUCUCCAAUGCCACCCGCUCGCUGGUCUACGACAACGGGACGCUGGACAUCCACAUCACCACCAUGAAGGACACGGGCAACUUCACCUGCAUUGCUUCCAACCCGGCUGGAGAGGCCACUCAAUCAGUGUUUCUUCACAUUAUCAAGCUGCCGCACAUCGUGAACAGCACGAACCACAUCCAUGAGCCAGAUCCUGGCUCCUCGGACAUCUCGACGUCCACUAAAUCUGGCUCCAAUGCCAGCAGCAGCAGCAGCAACAGUGGUAGCAGCAAUGGGGAGACCAAAGUCAGCCAGGACAAGAGGGUGGUGGUAGCUGAGGCCACUGCCUCCACUGCCUUGCUUAGGUUCAAUUUCCAGAGGAACAUCCCUGGGAUACGGAUGUUCCAGAUUCAGUACAACGGGACGUACGAUGACUCGCUUGUGUACAGAAUGAUCCCCCCAACGAGCAAGACUUUCCUGGUCAACAACCUGGCAGCCGGGACUAUGUACGACCUCUGCGUCCUGGCCAUCUACGAUGACGGCAUCACCUCCCUGACGGCCACCCGGGUGGUUGGCUGCAUCCAGUUCACGACCGAGCAGGACUACGUCCGCUGCCACUUCAUGCAGUCCCAGUUCCUGGGCGGGACCAUGAUCAUCAUCAUCGGGGGCAUCAUCGUGGCCUCCGUCCUUGUCUUCAUCAUCAUCCUCAUGAUCCGGUACAAGGUGUGCAACAACGGCGGUGGCGGUGGUGGGCACCACAAGUCCACCAAGGUCAGCAAUGUCUACUCCCAGACCAAUGGAGCCCAGGCCCAGGGAUGUGGCGCGGCCUCCGGGGGCCCAUCUGGGUCCAAAAUGGGGCACGAGGAGGGACUGCAGUGCUGCAAGGUCAGCAACGAGGGUGCGGCGGGGCCACUGCCGCCCUCCUCAGACUCCUGCUCCUCUGGCCAGGACUCCUCGGCUGCUGCUGCCGCUACCUCUGUGUCGUUGCCUCACGUGUGGACUCCGGGCCCUUCCGCUUCCCAAAAGCUGAAGCGCAAGCCCAUGCCAAAGCCCGGCAGUGACCUGUCAGCGCCGGUGCCACUUUGUGAAGGUGCCGCCGUUGCCGCCUCUGCCGGCCUGGAAUCCCAGAACACUAACCGGAACAACUCCACUGCCCUGCAGCUGGCCAGUCGGGCCCCGGACUGCGCCAGGGCCCCCCCUCUGUACAAAAGGGCACAAGCCAAGCCAAGUAAGUUCCUCACUUUGCCGGCCGACCCGUCCCGGGCAAAGCGCCGGUACUCCCUGAACGGAGAGUUAAUGGAAUACCGUUGUUAUAUUAACUCCUCCACGCACCCGGGUGGAUUUUGGUCUAAGCGGAGCUUGUCCAUGAACGGGAUGCUAAUGCAGAGAGACGGUUCUGAUGUGGAUAGUGGCAAAGCGACUUUCUCGAGUUCAGAGUGGAUAUUGGAGAGCACUGUGUGAUCCGCUGUGGUGUGUGCUGGUUUCUUUUUUCUAAUUACAAAGGGGGAAAAAUAUGGAGACCACCCCAUUUCCCGCCUUCAAUCCCUUUCCAAACAUUGCCUGGGAACUCCUUUCCGGCGGAGCGGUUGGGCGUUUUCCACCCUUUGUGCGUUUCGUGCAGCGCUGUGCACAAGCCACUGAGCACUUCCACCUUUUUCUGUUUGGGUUUUUAUUUUAAUUACUAUUACAAGUGAAGGCAGAUCGUUUCAAAGAGCUCGUUAUUUUAAGGAAUAAAAUGGUGAAGGGAAAAAAGCAUGACAACAACACCAGUGCCUUCCCCUGCCCUUGGCCUGGCAUUCUGGUCCCACGCCAGCCAAGCGACUGGCAACAAGGGAGAGCGAUGCGUUGGCAGCAAAGGAAGGGGCUUGGGCUGCCUUCCUCCCCACUAUCGACAGACCGCUUGAGGGAUCGAUCGAUCGAUCAGUGCACAGAAAAAGAGGAGAGCAGAGGGUCUUUCUGAAGGGCGGUCUGGGGGUCUUUCCCUUUCCCUUCCCCGGUGACAAUGGUGUUGCCUUUGUUUUCCAGGCAAAUGCUGUACAAAACCAACAACUCUGUGUUGUUCUGUUGUGUAAAAUAAAAUAUUCCAUCAAUACA